CAAUUGGACUGGACGACGAUGGCAAGUGACAUGAGCAACGAUCCUCUGCCGACGCUCCAAGAUGACGCAUCGGCGCCGGACGCCGUGAGCAGCACGUCCGGCAAGCGCGCACUUCGCCGCCAAAAGCGGCAAGAGAUCUGGGUCUCUGUUAAAGAGCGCAAGAAGCAGAAGAAGGAAGAGGCGCGGGCCGCGCGGCCAAAGGUUCCAGAGCCGGCCCUCGACAUGAGCGAGGCCGCCGUUCUAAUGCGGAAGGAGCGCGCAAUUGCGAAGCGCGAGUCCUUCCUCAUGGCUGCGUCCGAAGGCCCCACGAUCGUCAUUGACUGCGGCUUUGAAGAGGCCAUGAGCUCCAAGGAAAAGAAGUCGCUGACCCAGCAGAUCAUGUUCUCCUAUGGCAUCAACAAGCGCAGCGAGACGCCAGCAAACGUGCACGUGACGUCGGUGCGUGGUGAGGCCGAAGCCAAUUUGACCAAGAUCGGCGGCUUCAACGACUGGCUCGCCUUUAGCACGACGCCAAAGUGCUAUAUGGACGUCUUCCGGAAGGAGUCGCUCGUCUACUUGACGGCCGACUCGCCCAACGUAAUUGACGAGCUUCAAUCGGACAAGGUGUACAUCAUUGGUGGCAUCGUCGACCGCAACCGUCUCAAGGGCGUGACCUACGAGAAGGCGGUUGCGCAGGGGAUUGCGACGGCCAAGCUGCCGCUCGACAAGGUCCUCGAGAUGGGUCAGGCCACGCGCGUGUUGACUGUCAACCAUGUGUUCCAGAUUCUCGUCAACUACCGGACCGCGCAGGACUGGACCCAGGCGACGCUGAGUGCGCUGCCGGCGCGGAAAGGCGCACAAGUCAAGAGCGGCGAGUAG